AUGACGCGCGGCAAGAUCGCGAUGAGGCUCGUCGAGAGCGCGCGGGGGCGCGCCGCCACGUGCGGCAGGAGGACCAAGGGGCUCCAGAACAAGGCCAAGGAGCUAGCCACGCUAUGCGCGGUCCCGGUCGCGCUCGUCUGCCUAGCCGGCGCCGGGGCCCCGCCUCUCGUGUGGGAGUCGGAGGAGGGCGUCGUCGAGCGGUACCGCCGCGCCGUCCCGCCGGAGGCCCGCGCGCAGCACACGCACCGGGGCUACCUCGAGGCGGAGCUGGGCAAGGAGAGGGCCAAGCUCGCCAGGGUGCGCCACGGCUGCCCCGCCGCGCUCGCGGACUGGGACGCGGCGCUCAACGACGUGACGCUGGCCGGGGCGCGGGAGCUGCUCGACGCAAUCGACGCCGCGCUGCGGGCCGCGGGAGACAGGAUGGAGGCCCUGGGCUUACACGCCGACGGCAGCCACGGCGAGCAGGUCGCGCCGGAUGCUUCCGACGACGCCGUCAUGCCGCAGCAGCUCGCGCAAGGUGGCGACGUGCCGUGCAUUGGAAGCAACCCCGUGGACAUGGAUGUCGUCGGCUUCCACCAGCUGCAGAUGGUGCCGUGGCACGGCGGGAACAAGGACGGCCUGCUCGGGGAAGAUGGCUUCCAGAUGCAACCAGGGUGCGGCUUCCAGUGCAUCGGCGGCGGCAACUACUCGGGCGCGGUCGACGAGACGCUCGCGCCGGGCUCCGGCAAGGCUCAUUACGACUGGCCUGAUCUGACAAUGUGGCACACCGACGAGUUGUGCAACGCAGUCUUGACACUUGGGCACUACCCUGCCUUCGCCGACGGUACGCCGGCGCCAGAGUACUCCGCUCAGGUCGUCGCCGGCGGGGACUACAUGAAGACACUACCAACUGGAUACGGGUACGCCGUGGCCAUGGGCGUCGCCGACAACUUCACUCUGGGAAGCAACUACACGGCGCAUUGGCAGGCCGAGGAGUCCCGUCGCCCCGGCACAAGCACGAGCCAGCUGCUGUCAGCCGCAUCAUUGCCUCAGUGUUCGAAUCCCGGGACACGCAGCUCCAGCCAAGUCUUCCAUUAUCUCCACUAG